CGGCCCUCAUUCACUCAGUCUGUCUCCGAGUCUCGCUACAGUGCAACGUUACGCUCCGCAUGGUAUUUUAUAUACCAAUGUACCGUGCAUAAAUAUUAUAUUUAUAAAAACUUUGCCACUAUAUUAUUGUGAGACGUCUUAGCAACAAAAUUUAUUAAAAUCGAUUCAAAAUAAUAGUAAAAACUCCGUGCACGUAAAGGACACCGUACGAGGCAAAAUGCUGAAGGUAGCGGCUGUGGGCCUGCUGGUCUUAGCGACCGUCAACAGCCAGUGUUUCUACAAAGAUGACUCUUCCAAGAAACUCGACCCUGAAGCUCGCAUAUCGUUAUACCGAGGGCAGUUGGAGUUCACUCUGAACUUGUUCAACGCCAUUAACAAAGCUGUUCCCGACGACAACAUCUUCUUCUCGCCCUUCUCUGUCUACCACGCGCUGGUGCUCGCCUACUUCUCCUCUGGUGGACAAACUGAGCACUCCUUGAAGGAAUCUCUGCGGAUCGCUGAAAAUAUGGACAAGAUCAACUUGAUGACGGCGUACAAGGUGGACAAGCGGUCGCGAGCUGCCAACAACAACAGCGACAGCUACGAGUUCACGAGCGCCAACAAGCUGUUCACAGACGCCAGCCUGCAAGUCCGCCAGUGCAUGCUGGACCUGUUCGGAGAGGAACUGGAAACUCUGAACUUCCGUGAGAAUCCUGGUGCUGCCCGUUCGUACAUUAAUGACUGGGUUAGUCAGAUAACCAAGAACAACAUCAAGGACCUGAUACCCGAGGACGGCAUCACGCAGGCCACAAAGUUGGUGCUGGCUAAUGCUGCCUACUUCAAAGGAGUGUGGGCUUCCAAGUUCCCUAAAGAGAGGACAAAGAAGGAGGCCUUCUUCGUCUCGGAGACACGUCAGACACUCGUACCGUUCAUGAAGCAGAAGGGAACGUUCCAUUACAUGGUAAGCGACGAGCUCGGUGCCCAGAUCUUGGAACUGCCUUACAAGGGCAAUGACAUCAGCAUGUAUAUCUUACUGCCCCCUUACUCCAUGAAGGAAGGUGUCACCAACAUCAUCGCGAACCUGACCCCGGAGCGCCUGGCCGCUGUCGUCGAGGAAGGCUACAUGGGUCGUGAGGUCAUCGUUGAAAUACCCAAGUUCACCGUAGAGAAGAGCCUGCCUUUAAGAGAUGUGUUGGAAACAUUAGGAGUCGGUGACUUGUUCAAUGCGACCGCUGACUUCACCACGUUGUCGGAACAGCCUGGCAUUCUCUUCGACGAUGCCGUUCACAAGGCGAAGAUACAGACUGACGAAGAAGGUACUGUAGCAGCUGCAGCAACGGCAAUCUUCGGAUUCCGUUCAUCCAGGCCCGCGGAGCCGACUCGAUUCGUGGCCAACUUCCCGUUCGUGUACGUCAUCUACGAACGCCCCACCAACUCCAUUCUCUUCAUGGGCGUCUACAGAGACCCCAAGAAGUAAACCAAAAGAACUGAACAUGUAUCAUAUGUAGAAUUUAAACUUUAUACAUCUUAUUAGCUAUUUUUCUAUAUCAGAUCUGUUUGUACUUACUUAAACACUGACUACUACAUACAUAUUCUUCAAUUUGACCAACGUAUAGAUGCAUUGAAAUCUAUUAGUAGAUUUCUUUCUCUCUCUAUCUCUCUUUUUUGAAGUUUGUAUUACUCACGAAUGACAGAAAGUAAAGGUGUGGAUUGCUAGACUACAUAUUUGAAGUAAGUAAUUAACAACUAAGGUAGUUGAAAUGAAAUGACUUUAUUUUUGUAAAUAUGCUACAAAAGAGCACUUUUACACGUCAAAUUAAAAAAAAAUCUAGAUGAUGUCAGCCUUUCCUAACGGACUACUCUGUGAAGAAAUGCCGAAACAAACUCAGAGGUCAUUGUCUCUUUUGAUGUCCAAGACAAUAUUUGAGGAAAUGAUGUGUGAGGACUGUGCAAGUUCCUUGUGUAGUGGCCUUUUGAGGAAAGAACCGCAGCAGUUUAAGGGGACUCGUUCUGGCUUCACACGGUUCUUGCACUAACAAUAUUGUAUGAAAUUAAAAAUAAAUAAUAUUAUAAUAGUUAUAUUAAAUAAUAGCUUCGCCUAAAAAUUGUUUCUAAUGUAGACAAAUGAAAACUGUUAGAAGCUCAUUGAGAGCCAAUAUUUUGUUCAUAAUCUUUUCAGUGACGAAUCAUGAUAUUGAAAUAUCUACGACAAUAAUAAUAAUUUAUGUAUAAUAUGUUUGUACUAUGUGAUAUCAAAACUAGAGUAAACAUUCAGAUACGUGUCUAUAAGUGACCAGUUUAAUUAUACCUAUCUCAUAAGCUACAGUUAAUCUAGAAUAGUUUUGUAUUUAUUUAUUUUACGCUAAGACAUUCAAAUGCAAGAGAUCUUGAAUAAUAUUGUUAAAUUGUUUCAUUGAAAUUACUUGGGUCUGUUUGUAAAGUAAGACGUAGUUUUAUGUUUUAUAGUGUUUGUAAUAAGGUAACCUAUGCGGAAUGAUUGUGGUUAAGUUUAUUAAACUUAAUAUGUCUACAUGACAUAAUCCAAC